UCCGCCAAUUGUUCAAGAUGAAUAUUUUAAAUAACUCAAAUGGACUUGUUAGGGUACAGUAACUGCCUUGUGGCGCGUGCUUAAGAGGCACUUAUUGAAUGAAUGAAAAAGUAGUCAGUGGUGCCCUGCAGCUCGCCGCCUGGCUUGACCAAUUACAAAAGCUCCUGAUUCUGCGGUUCCGUCGCCAAUGCCCGCCUUUUUUUACGGCUGCCUGGAAAACGAGGAGAACAGGCAUUGCCAGACAUCACGUCUCUGGAUCGGGCUGGGAAGCGGACAUGCGCAGUACGAGCUGGUCGCCUCAAAGUUUAUCUUCAACCUUCGGGAACUUACGGGGAGGCAGGAAGGCUUCUAACUUCGGUUCUGCACAAAUGAGGAAUUUUCCACGCUGUCUCCCCAUCCUGCUUUUUAGUUCGAGGACAAACCUUUACUCUUUUGUACCAUUCAAAAUAAUUAUGGAGGAAGUUAUGUUUAUGGCUAAAGUUUAUCCGGCAUUGUGAAAGCCACUUUUUCUUUCCAACCUGUCUUUUCCAUAAUCUUCCCUAUAGAAGAUUCAGAAGAAUCUUCCCAUUUUUGUGCUAUUUUCCUGUAUCAGGAAGCACUCUGCAUCACACAAAUACGCUUUCUUUUUCUGUCAUCUCCGCGGUCCAGCACAGUGGAGAACCUUGAUUCGUUAUCUGCCAAUCAUAUUCACUGUUGGAAGCCGCAUUACACUCACCCUCUGUCGCCAUUUUUGUUUUGGGCGCUCCUUGAAAGCGGCGAUAUCGUGAGUGGAGGUCAUUUUUCUUUUGGGCAGAUUGCUCGAGCUUUCCAUAUCCUUGGUUAGUGAUUUCGCCUCCAUCUUAAAUCCUGGUGUGGCUUCAAGCCAACAGUGAGGCUGCUCAGAUCAUCUUGCGUUUGGGUGACGACAGUUUUUGCUUACGCGCGGGGAGACCCUGGGAAGGGGAAAAAAAGAUCGAAGCGCGAAUACCCGUACAUUUUGAAGGUGGGUUGAGAGUCGGCUGCUUCUCUAAGUCUGAAAUUUCCACAGCCAAGUACUACUGCACCAGUGACCCUACCCUGGACAGUAACAAAACAAAUAAAAGCCCGAAACCAAACCCCGCCACCGUCAUAGGUCUGUAAUACUCUGGAAUCAAUAAGCCAUGUCUUCAAAGAAAUUUGCUGUUAAAUGUGGGAAUUUUGCUGUUCUGGUGGAUCUUCAUAUAUUGCCGCAAGGUUCCAACAAAGAUACCGGCUGGUUUUCUGAACAGAAGAAACAGGAAGUCUGUUUAUUGUUAAGAGAAACUAUUGAUUCAAGAGUUAAAGAGUACUUGGAAGUUCGUAAACAGCACAGACUGUCAAAUGCAGAAUUCACAAGAUCCAGUCCCUUGUCCUUAAAAGGUUAUGGCUUUCAAAUCACAGCCUAUUUCCUCAAGAGAGGGAUACACCUUCGCUGCUUUGCGGGCUCACAGAGUGCUGAGCUUCGUGUAUUCCCCGAAAGAUUUGUGGUCUGUGUAAGUCAGCUUUCAUUCAGUCGUGAUCUCGUGACAAGUUGGAAUGAAGAACUGGAACAUCUGACUGGGCAUGGCCUGGGAAAUUGGUUUCAUGAGGAACUGUAUUGGAGACACGUUCUUGGUAUGUGAAAAGAACUGAAACGAAAAGCGUCAUGAGCAAAUCACGGAGCAGCAGGGACAUUGUGGCAACAGCUAGUGACUCAGUGACUGCAGAGAUAGCAAGGAGGGGUGACAGCCAGGCUUCAUCCAGGCCCCUGUCGGGAGUCCACCAGGCAAGCAAGGGAUUACAUAAAGGCAGCUGAGAGCCACUGGGGACUUCCUGUUCAAAAGCUGAGAAAUGUUCGUCAGGCGCAGCCAGAAGACAUCAGCAGCCAGCAAAAACCUCAUCCUGGGGAGCUGUUAGAGACGGGGCUUCGAAGCGGGAGCCCUGUCUGUCGCUGUGAGUCAACAUCACCAGGUCCAAAUUAAAGUCCACGAGGGGCCGGAACACACAACAGAAAUGCAGGAACCGCAGGUCUGCAGAAGACGUCGACCGCCCCAAGAGCAUUUCUCUUGGAAGCAAUCGAUUGGUCCCGAGAGAGACGGCAGUGGGAGAUGGCAGAGCUGCCAGGGUUCUCCCAACUUGAGAGCUGUUAGAUCCCGAGUUACUUUUGAAACGAGACUUGGCACAAACCUAGUCUAAUGAAGAGUUGGAUGUUUUGCAAACUCUGUCCCCCAAACAUCUUGUGAAAACUGAGCCAGGGAAGGCACAGCAAACUGGCUCAGUCAUGAACACUGGAAGUUACCCACAAUCCAGGACAGCCCAACCAAGGAAAGAAAGAAGCACAAAAGAGGCCACUGACUGGAGAGGAUGGCAGUGUCGUGGGUGAGAGUAUGGUGGCCUCGCCUUUGGAGGGGAGGGCAGCAGUGUGUAUAGACGCUGUGAUCGUCGAGGGAUUAGCAGGAUUGUUUUAAACAGAAAAUAGGUAUUUGUGUUAGGGCUAGCUUUCUAAGCGGUCACCUCCAGGAGGCCAUGUGCUUUUUCUCACAGCACUGCCACUCUCUCGUCAUACUUACACCUGUCUUCAGAAAGUUAAACAGCCAUUCGCCUUGUCAGGGACAACACCGCUUGUCAAAGAGCCGCGUGAAGAAGCCAAUCAGCUGUCUCUGUGGCACGUCACUGCCAACCAUGUGGCGGGCCCUGUAAGGCCAGGCACGGUCUGCAGUUCAGUUCUGGGGCAGUUGAUCCUCCCUUUCCUCAGCCCGAGCAGGGUGGCAGUGAGGGGACAGGCUAGUGGUUUUCCACAUCUGCUCCUUGGACCAGCACCUGGAAUGUGUUAGAAAUGCAGCUCAUGGACCCCACCCAGGCCUACUGACUGAGGAACUCUGGGUGAUCCUGAAACAUGUUCAAGUUUGAGAACCACUGGACUAAUUGGAGACUCUGUAGUGUUUAUUUCCUCCAACCUGGCUAGCAUGGCAUCCAGUCAGUCAGCUGGAGCCCACGUGAGGACAUGCGCACCUGCUCCCUCAAACUUGUAAAAUACCUGGCUUCAGUGUAGGAGUUGCUCUGUUCCCAGGCUCUACAGCUUGGUGUCCACAGCCCCAGGAUGCUGUUACUUACCCUAAGAAUUGCUGGCAAUUGAGAAUUAAGAAUUGAGUACAGGUAACUCAGCCCAAGGUUAGGGAAGACAUGGGAAAGGCUUCCCUGUCCCUGCCCUUGCCCCCACCUCCAAGAUUUUGGUUAGGCUCAGCAAGGACUAGACCCCAAGGGGAAUACAGUGGUCAUAGUUUCCAGUUUCCCAUUUGCAAGGCCUCACAGGCAGUUUAGAUUUCAAAACAGGAACCUUCCAUUUGUAGCAUCUCCCUCUCUUGUUUCCAGUGUGCUUGCUGAAAUGUCACAUAGUGAAUCAUGGCCAUGACUUAAUUUUGGAUGAACACCUACUAAAGGUUUUUUUAACCCAAUUUCAUUCUAAAAUAAGGAAAAGACCAUACUCAAAGACUACCCAUUGAAUGUAUCUUUUUCUGCUCAACUUUGGGUGGUCCUUAGAAGUAAUAACUCCCUAGUAACAAGGAAAAUCAAGUAUUUCCCAGAAGUGUUGGAGUUAGCAGAAAAAUGACCCAGAAAAAUCCCAGUGAAAUAAAAAAACAUGAAAACAGACACAGUGUAGGUCCUUGCUCAAGACUAUAAUUAGUGGUCUCUCCCAGCUCAUUCUGCCUUUCCCCACUUGUAUUGUAGAGUAAGACUCAUUAAGAAGCAACCAAGUUUCACAGCACCAUUUUGGAUCAUGAAGUUUAGCCUUGAUUGCCGUGACUGGCCAUGGAUGUAGAUGCUGUUCCUUUGAUGCUCCAGACCCUUUCUGGAAAACCGUCCGCUUCCUGUGGUCCAGCCUCACCAGCCCCACCAGGAACGUGGCCCUGCCCACUGUUGACCUUUCCUUUUCCCUCUUAGGUUUUUUCCCUGCCCUCUAGCUGACUCCAUUUAAAGGGUUCUUUAGGAGAAAAGGGAGCCCAACAGAAUGAUAAUCACAGUAAGGCAGAUUCUGCUCAUCCAGUAGAGGUAGACUGCACAGGAUGGAAACCUCCUGAGAAAAUGCUGGAACUUUGACUUCCAUGGUCCAUUGGGGGACCCUUCUCUUAGGGUGGCUGGUUUUCUAGGUGGGCUCUUCACUGACGACGGACCACAGUGUGUCAUCUAAUCUUCUUAAACAGAAACAGCUAUUAGAACAGUUUAAACAGGACACAAAUAGUAACCCAAGUGAUAAACUGAGAAACAGCAAGCUCCCUGGAAGAGUCUGGAAUAAAAAGGACAACCAUUCAGGAACAGUGGCUGCUGCCUAUGCCAGAGCUGCAAGGAGAUGGUUGCACUAGAGGCACCAGAGCAAAUUUUUCUAAUGAAAUUAACUUCUUUUCAUUAACCUGGGCCCUGUGAUUAAACCAAUACUUGUAAUGAUUUCUUUCAAGAAAAGUCUUGGCUUUGAGGUUCAGUAUAUUUGUGAAAAUAGCAAUUACUGUGACCACAGAAGGAAAAUGACCCCUGUGGUUGCAGAUUGACAUGGCCUUGCUCAUGGCCACCAUGUACAUGGGGUUUUAACCAGAUUGACGGGGGAACAGGGCUCCACUUCUGUACUAUGGCACGUGUUCGAGGAAUUUUGCCGUUAAGCAUUUCCUUCCAUGUGUAUGAAACACCCCUGGAUCUCUUUACUUGAGUGGUUGUAUGUUUCCUUGGAUAUUUGAAAGUACAAAGUGGAAAAUGGC